CAUUGAGUGAAUGCUGCGAUCAAUGAGUGGAAAGCAAUCGACACUUGAAUUACUCGUUGACUGUAUUUAGCGGUCGUUUGAAGUAUGCGUUGAUUUGAAUGCCAUUUAGUUGUCCACCGAAUCAGUGACCAAAUGAAGACAAUGCGGGACUGAAUGAAUGGCUGAUCUCCCGGACGACCACAAGGUUAAGGAUAUAUUAGAGACCUUUCGAGUGGAAGACCUUCAGAGCGUUUUGCGUUCAUUUCAGUUGCCAUUCGUUGGCCGCAAACCAGAGCUCUUCCAGCGGGUCCUGUCGCUCAUCAAUCACUUGCAAUACGACAUCGAGUUCUGUCUGAACGCCAAACGAAAGAUACAACAGAUUUACAGACAAAGAGAGGAUUUGGACGACGAAGUGAUGGUCCCAUCCCUCCAGAGGUCACAAUCCAAGCGAAAGUCGACGCGAUAUGAGUCGGACGACAGCUUUGAAGCCACGAGUAGUAGUGACAGCAGUGAUGUCGAGUCGGAUGAGUCGGCAUUCAUAGUGAAU